GUUGAAGAUGGCGGAUGAAGAGAAUAGUCUCGGAACGGCCUUUUCUGGCGCCUUCAUAACGGAUGAACCUGCGACGAAAAUAUCAAAAAUGGAUACGCCGACUAAUCAUGGGCUUAAACCCACUGAACCGGACCAGCUUUCGCGCGUCUUUGCAGCCACAGAGAGUCGGGAAGCGGCGAUAAAACGUUCGCAGCCUUCCGAGAAGGAAGCAAAGCCGGUGAUGGAGGUAGAGCAGGCCCCAACAGCGGCGCGGGACGGAGACAACAAUGAACGGGGAAUUCCGGUCUCCGAGCCACAGAGACCGGCUGGGAAACUGGUCGACAGUGCUGUACUUUGCUCAACCGAAGAAGUCGCAGGACAUGACGAUCUGCCCUCCAACGGCCUUGCUGCCUCACCGGAAAACCUCAACGAUGAAGACGACAGAUCUUCACAUGCAAGCUCCAGCGACUGGACUCCUCAACCCCAAAUAGGCUCUUACAGUUUCAUCCAACAACACAUUAGAGAGACCGAUCCGCGAGCCAUUCUAAGGGAUUUGCUUCCUGAGACUAUACUCCCUCCAGAUUUAGAUGACAUGACACUGUGGCAGAUCAUCAUCAACAUCUCAGAGCCUCCGAAGAGAAAGAAGCGGAAGGAUAUAAACACUUUGGAAGAUGUGGUCAGGCUGCUUCAGGAAAGCAAAAAGAUCCUUGUGCUGACUGGCGCUGGGGUUUCAGUUUCAUGUGGAAUACCAGAUUUCCGCUCAAGAGAUGGGAUUUAUGCACGACUUGCUGUAGAUUUUCCCGACCUCCCAGAUCCUCAGUCUAUGUUUGAUAUCGAGUACUUCAGACGGGACCCUAGACCCUUUUUCAAGUUUGCUAAGGAGAUCUACCCCGGUCAGUUCCAACCUUCACCCUGCCACAGGUUCAUUUCGAUGUUAGACAAGCAAGAGAAGCUGCUACGCAAUUACACACAAAACAUCGACACGUUGGAGCAAGUGGCUGGAGUUCAGAGGAUCAUCCAGUGUCACGGGUCCUUCGCAACUGCGUCCUGUCUUGUUUGUAAACAAAAAGUGGAUUGUGAAGCUAUAAGGGAAGAUGUCUUUAAUCAGGUUGUUCCUCGUUGUCUGAGGUGUCCGGAUAUUCCUCUGGCAAUCAUGAAACCUGACAUCGUCUUUUUUGGAGAGAACCUACCAGAAAUGUUCCACAGAGCCAUGAAGCAGGACAAAGAUGAGGUGGACCUCUUGAUUGUAAUUGGCUCUUCGCUCAAAGUCCGACCAGUGGCCCUCAUACCGAAUUCCAUUCCUCACGAAGUGCCUCAGGUUCUGAUCAACAGGGAGCCGCUGCCUCAUCUGAACUUUGACGUGGAGCUACUCGGAGACUGUGACGGUAUCAUCAAUGAGCUCUGUCACCGGUUGAGUGGAGACUUUGAGCAGCUCUGCUUUAACACUUUAAGACUCAACGAGAUCACAGAGAAGCCCCCUCGGUUACAAGAACCACGACCAAGUGAGGCCUUGCCUGCUUUCAGUGAUGCGGCUCAGCAGCAGAACGAGCCGUCGCGUACGGACUCUGUAAACAAGCCUUCAGAGGAGGCAGAAAGUCUGACUGUUACAGAAACUGCCGAUAAGAACAUUACACCUUUGGAGCCUUGUUCGAAUGUGCAGUGUCCAAGUGAGGACGGUGCGAAGUCUCCGGAGUUACCAAAAGUGGAGAUGGGUGAUUUUAAAAGCCAAAACUCCAGCUUUGAUUAUCGUAAACGGUACUGGGUGAGCAGAAUCAGCAGGAGUCCAAUAAGCAAACGCCUCAACCCGGGCCAGUACUUGUUUCAGUCACCUAACCGCUACCUCUUCCACGGCGCCGAAGUCUACUCGGACUCCGAAGAGGAGACGUCGAGCUCCUGCGGUAGCGACAGUGAUGAGUCAGAAUGCAGUCCUGGUGGGGUGGAGGAUGACAGCGACCCAGAGGACGUCAGUGAAGCGGCGGCGGCGGACGGAGAAACACGCAUCAAAGACAUGUUUCGAAAUUCAGCCAAUGAGGAAGAGUCAAGUGUGCAGAUCGACAGUUCUUCUGAAAAAGCUCACAGUGCCACGAAUCAAGCGUAAUAAGACUCC